GUAAAGUGCUUGUGUAUACCCAUUUCGUUGAACGCUGUGUGGCGGUGAGGCCAACACGCCAGCUAAGAAGUGUUCAUAAUGGCUAUGCGCCUGUGCAACUGGCUGUCUUUAUGUGUAUAAGUGUGUGUGUGUGUAGUGUGUAUCCGUUGAUUGGGCUGACUUGCUGAUCAGCGGCAGCAGCAACAACAGCAGUGACGGUGGCAGCGCAUUUGAGCCGUCGAGCAAGUUACCAGUUCUGAAAAAGUGUUGUACAAAAAUAUGUAUAUUUGUAUGAAAAUACAACAAUAACAACAAACGACUAAUGCAACAGCGGAGACAAAGCAACGUGUUAAAGAAAAAAUAUAAAAACAAUAAAAAAAUUAUAAAAAAAAAAUAAAAAAAAUCUCAAAAUAAUACAAAAAUAAGAAAGCAUGUUGAAAGUAAAGUAAAAGAAAAACAACAACAACAAUAAAAAACGCAACGAAAAAUCAUCAGAAUUAAAGCAAUCAAAUGAAAUAUUCGUGGAAGACCACAAACAGCCAGACGCUGCGAUAUGCCAUAUAAUAUAUGUAUAUGCCAUAUAUACAUAUAUAUGUAUCUAUAUAUAAUAUAUAUGUGUGCUUCUCGCUGCCUAAAUCUGCGUCUGCCACUAGGCUUAUUUGUUUUGUUUUGUUGUUUUUUUUCACUCAAAUUUUUACUGCGCCGCUUCUAUUUUGGUUGUUGACGUGCAUUUCGUUGUGUUGUGUUUCGCACGCCAGGUUGCAAGUUGGUGUUGGUGUUGGUGUUGGUGUUUGUAUAGGUGUGUUUGUGUUGUUGUUCUUGUUGGUGUAUCAGUAUCACUUGUUGUGCGGCAACACUUUAUGGCCAUAAAUGCAUAAAUUCUUGCGUCGCGUAAAGAAGUUGGAGCAGCGAAGCAACAAAAACAAUAAAGAAAGAAAAGCAAAAAUAACAACAACAACACAAGAACUGUAUAAUAACAACACGGAAAAUAUAUAUUUACAACAACAAAGGUAACAUAAAACAAUAAGAAAUGCAAAUAACAAACCACAAAAAAAAUUAAAAACAACAACAACACCAAAGAUAUAUAAUUACAACAACAAGAAUAAUAAAAAAAUCAACAACAAAAAUAUAAAACAUAAAAACACAAAAAAAAAUAAAAAAAAACAACAACAAAUAUAUAAAAAAUAAAAAAAUAAAUAAAAACAACAACAACAACAACAAAACAUAAAACAAAAAGAAUAAAAACAACAAUUUAAACAUAAAACAAAAGAAUAAAAACAACAAUUUAAACAUAAAACAAUAAAAAUAAAAACAACAACAAAUAAUAUAAAAUACUGAAAAAUGAAAACAACAACAACAACUAAACAUAAAACAAAAAGAAUAAAAACAACAACUUAAACAUAAAACAAUAAAAAUAAAAACAACAACAAAUAAUAUAAAAUGAUAAAAAAUAAAAACAACAACAAAUGAUAUAAAAUACGGAAAAAUAAAAACAACAACAACAACAACAAAACAUAAAACAAAAAGAAUAAAAACAACAACUUAAACAUAAAACAAUAAAAAAAAACAACAACAAAUAAUAUGAAAUGCUAAAAAAUAAAAACAACAACAAAAAAUAUAAAUUCAACAACCAUACAUUGAUGCUGCAACAUUGCUGGCAUUUCAGGCGCAUUGCAAGUAAUAGAUACAGUUUUGGGCAACUACCGCGCCGCCACCCGCGCGCCAUCGUAAAAACCCGUUGACUAGCUGCUUCGCCGCCAAUUUUCAACCAUAUACAACAACAUAUAAAUAUAUACAAACCCAACUUACACUGCCUAAACCUGUUCUGUGCAACGUCAAUGUGCCACAUUUCGGUGUUAUCCGCAACAUUUGAAUUCGCUGCCGCGUCGCAUCGCGUCUCGCGUAAAGUUAGCUAAGCACAGGCGCGCGCGUUCUUCCAGCUCGCGUACAUAUUUACUUUUUCGCUUAUUCCCGUUUGCACACUUGCAACAACAUGGUGCUGUGUGCCAUCCAUCCAUUGUAGUUGCCCUUUGCUUUGCUUUGUGGUGAAUAUUUUCGAAUUCCAUUGCGAUUCCUUCAUUCCAUACGUUUCCGUUUGAGUACUGCCCAAUUUGAAGGCGCCAGCAUGACGUUGCCACAUAACUACACACACACACACACACAUAUACAACAAAAUCAGUGAACCAACUUCUCAGCCUUUGAAUUGCAACUGCGCAGUAAUUCGAAAAGCAAAAAACAAAAAAAUAAAAUAAAAUAAAGAAAUAAAAAUAGUUAACAACCUGAUUCCUGCUUUCCAGUUUAUUUUAGCCGCAUUUCGCGAGUGUUGCACUCCAAAUUAUACUUAUGUGCGUGCGUGUGUUUGUGCCUUUUGUAUUUCUAUACACUCACAACGUUCAUAACAGAUUUUGCUGCAUCGAAGACAAAUGUUAAUCAACGAUGGCCACAUUAGGCCUGUCAAAAGUUUUCAUUCUGGAUAAAUAUUUCACCGAAUUGCAGAAGUUUUGGGAGACUGAGAAAAAGUUGCAAGACGCAUCCUCAUCCAAUGAAGCCGUGCACUUGCAGCAGCGCCUCAAGAGCCUCAGCACUGAGUUAGUCACCCUACGCAAUCGGUUGCAUGUUGGACAAGGACAACAACAACAAAACAACAGCAACAGCAACAAUAAUAAUAACAAUAGCAACAACAACAACAACAAUAGCCAUAAUAACACCUCCAAUUGCAAUGUCACAACGGUGAGUAAUCUACAACAGCACCAACAGCAACAACAACAACAGCAACAUGUCAACAACACAGCUGGCCUAACCGGCGUCAAUUUGCAUGCAUCCACACCGAAUCUACACAACAGCACGCAUCAACUUAGCAAUAAUAAUACAACAACAACAACAAAUUGCAUUAAUAAUAACAGCUUGCAACAGCACCAGCAGCAGCAACAACAAUUGCAAUUAUCACACUCAACGCUAAUUCCCACACUCGGUGGCAAUAGCAGUAAUAACAAUAACAAUAACAACGCAAUUAACAAAUCUAAUAGCGGCAAUUGCAAUAGCAACAACAACAGCAACAACAAUGUAUCCUUGACAUCAUGCAAUAACGUCAACAGCACCAACAGCGCAUUUACGCACAUUAACAACAAUAAUAACAGCAACAACAACAGCACAAACAAGUCACAUUUGCACAGCUUUAGCCACACGUUGCCACAUAAUUCAACAAUUUCCGCCGGCAAUACAGCGUCGUUGACGUCCGGCGCUGCUGCGGGCAUUGUUUCCACACGCAACACUUCCAUACCACACCCAUUACCGUCAACGAUACAGCAGCAGCAACAGCAACCACAUCAUCAACAACAUCAACAGUCACACCAUCACCACCACCACCAGCAACAACAACAACAGCAUCAGCCGCAACAACAACAACAUAACUCGCAUACGCUUCCAAUGCGCUCCACAGCCAACAUUGGCGCACAUGUCCAACACCUAAGCCAUAAUUUGCCACCCUUCAUACCGAUCGCUCAGAAGCAAUUGAGCGCCAGUCAUGGCAGCAGUUUCAGCAAUAUUGUCGCACCUUUCGGUUAUAACAGUACAAAUGUGGAGCAACGCAAUGUGAGCAACAACUAUUUGGGUAGCCUACAAAUACACCACAGCAGUGUUGGCCAUAACAACAACAACAAUGUUGGCAGUGGCGGUGCACACAAGCAGCCGCGUGAGAUUGAGGAUCUCAUACAUCUGCCCGGUCCACUGACCGAAGAUGCAGUGAUGCGCACAUUGCAGGCGCGCUUCAACGACAAUUGCUACUUUACUAACGUUGGCCCCAUACUGCUGUCCAUCAAUCCCUAUCGCGAUGUUGGUAAUCCACUCACACUCACCUCAACCCGCUCACUACCAUUGGCGCCGCAAUUGAACAAAAUCGUGCAGGAAGCUGUGCGUCAGCAAACGGAGACCGGUUAUCCGCAAGCUAUCAUACUCUCCGGCACUUCGGGUGCUGGUAAGACGCACUGUUCUAUGCUGCUGUUGCGUCAGCUCUUCGCUGUCGCUGGUGGUGGUCCGGAAACGGAUGCUUUUAAGCAUUUGGCUGCCGCUUUUACGGUGCUACGUUCUUUGGGUUCCGCCAAGACCACCACUAAUUCGGAAUCCAGUCGCAUUGGCCAAUUUAUUGAGGUGCAAGUCACUGAUGGCGCUCUCUACCGCACUAAGAUACACUGUUACUUUUUGGAUCAAACACGUGUCAUACGUCCGUUGCCGAAGGAGAAGAACUAUCAUAUCUUCUAUCAAAUGCUGGCUGGUCUGAGCAGAGAGGAACGUAUCAAAUUGAAUUUGGAGGGUUAUUCGCCGGCGAAUUUACGUUAUCUACAAAGUGGUGAUAUUGUACAGAAUGAACAGGAGGAUGCCGCACGCUUUCAGGCAUGGAAGACUUGUUUGGGCAUUUUGGGUAUACCAUUCUUGGAUGUGGUGCGUGUACUUGCCGCUGUUUUGUUGCUGGGGAAUGUGCAAUUUAUCGAUGGGCAGAGCCUCGAGGUGGAUGUUAAAGGUGAAGCCGAACUGAACUCCGUCGCCAGCUUGUUGGGCGUGCCGCCUGCCGCACUCUUUCGUGGGCUCACCACACGCACACACAACGCACGUGGUCAGCUAGUGAAGUCUGUCUGCGAUGCCAAUAUGUCCAACAUGACACGCGAUUGUCUGGCGAAAGCGCUGUACUGUCGCACCGUAGCCACCAUUGUGCGACGUGCCAACAGCCUUAAACGACUUGGCUCUACACUGGGCACUUUGAGCUCCGAUUCUAACGAGUCUGUGCACAAUCAGGCUGAUGUCGCUUCACAGCACGCUUCCACUAUUGGCGGUAACUCCGGCUCCAAGUCAAUGGCGGCCUUAAAUAAUGCGGUACGUCAUGCCACCGACGGUUUUAUCGGCAUACUGGAUAUGUUCGGCUUCGAGGAGCCAUCACAUGCACAGCUGGAGCACCUCUGCAUCAAUUUGUGCGCCGAAACUAUGCAGCAUUUCUACAAUACGCACAUUUUCAAGUCUUCGGUGGAGUCUUGUCGUGAUGAGGGUAUCGUAUGUGAUGCGGAAGUGGACUAUGUCGAUAAUGUGCCCUGCAUCGACUUGAUAUCUUCGCUACGCACUGGUCUGCUAAGCAUGCUGGACGCUGAGUGCUCCAUACGCGGCACGGCUGAGAGUUAUGUCGCCAAGAUUAAGGUGCAACACCGCAAUUCAACACGUCUGGAGACGAAACACGCGAGCGAACCGUAUGAUCCACGCAUGUUUAUGAUACGUCACUUUGCCGGACGUGUUGAGUAUGAUACCACCGAUUUUUUGGACACAAAUCGCGAUGUGGUGCGUGACGACUUGGUAGCAGUCUUCUAUAAACACACCUGCAAUUUCGGUUUUGCCACACAUCUCUUUGGCUCCGAGCUGAAGGCUUUGUACGCCUUGCAGAAUGUGCCACGCGGUCUGAGUUUCCGUAUUUCACCCACAUCGCAUACGGAUCUGCUGAAUGGCGAUGAACCCGUCUCUACGCUCACACAAGACUUCCACACACGCCUGGACAAUUUGUUGCGCACGCUGGUGCACGCGCGUCCACAUUUCGUGCGUUGCAUACGCAGCAAUGCCAAUGAAACGGCCGGUUGCUUCGAACGCAAGAUGGUCGUCCGGCAGAUACGCUCACUGCAGGUGCUGGAGACCGUUAACCUGAUGGCAUCUGGUUUUCCGCAUCGCAUGCGUUUCAAGCAAUUCAAUGCACGCUAUGUCGCCAUGUUGGCGCCGUUUCGACUGCAUCGCCGCAGCGAGGAUAAAGCGAUGGAAGAUUGCAAUCUUAUUUUGGAGUUCGCCAUGGAUAAUCCGCCGGUGUUGGACGGCUCCGUCACACUUGCUUGGUCGCCGGGUAAGCGUCACGUAUUCCUUAGCGAGGGCAUGCGUCAGCAUUUGGAACAUCUGCGCGCGGAGAUACGCACAAAGAGCGCUACGUUGAUACAGGCCACCUGGCGCGGUUGGCAGUGGCGCAAGAAGAUGGGCGGUGUGAAGCGUACGCGCGGCGUUAAUGGCGUCAUAACGAUGCUACCGACUGCGGCCAGUGCAACAAAACUAACCAAAUUGCUGCCCAAUAGCGGUGCGAACUCACUAUCGCGUCUAUCAGCGAAAUCUACAAAUCUUAUGGGCACCGUGACGCGUCCACGUCCGCAACCAAUCGCCGGCACACCACCACCAGAUCCAAAUGAGAAAUGCGACACGAAGAUAAUCCAGCAAACCUGCAGCCUAUUUGGAUUAGAUUUGGAACGUCCACCGCCCGUGCCACCGUCACGCGGCUACACCAUCGCUGGCAGUCUGAAGCUGUGCUAUCCGCAGAGUCGCAUCAUGAAAAUGAAUUUCCCCGAGGAUCCACCCAUCGUUAAUCCGGCCGAACAACAGUUGCAGCAACAGUUGAAGAAGGGUGAAGCCGUCAGCGUUGUGGGCGCAUCGACGUGUCGCGGACACUUGAUUGUCGAGCACAAGGGUCAGAGUUAUCACGUACCGUUUCAGUAUAUGGAGUUGUUGCGUCCGUCGUUGCCAGCUGGUAAUGUUGUUGGUGGAGUUGUCUCCAAUAAUCCAAAUAAUGCUGCUGGUGUUAAAAACAACAACAAUACCAACAAUAUGGCUAAUAAAAAUAGCAGCAGCACUGGCAAUUUGACUAACAAUUGCAGUGCCAAUAACAAUGUUGGUGUAAAUAACGGUAAUAGCGGUAACACUAACAACAACAAUGCCAACAACACCUCGGCAGCUGUCAAAAUCUGAAGGGGCGGCGCGACGCAGUGAAGUGCGCGCAAAUUGACGUGUGCGACAGGUGGUGCAGCUGUGACCACCAAAACAAAUCAUAACGGCUUCCGCGGCUAUGGAAUUUCGUUGUGCGCGCAGCAGUGCAUAUCCGUUGUUGAGCCUACGCGGCAGCAAUAUCAUAAAUUUCCAUUUUUUUUUUCGUUUUAACACACAAAGACUGUAAAUAUAUUUUGUAAAAUCGUUUACUGGCGUCUAUACGGAUGUGCAACAGACGUACAUAUAUACGUAGAAAUUAAGUUGAAAGAGCGAGUUAAGCGUAAUAUUAUAUUACAUAUUGUUAAUAAAAUAAAAAUAAAUAAGAAAUAUUAAAUAAAAUUAAAACUAAAAUU